AUGAAGAGGAUUUUUACCCUGACUGGUAUAAAGCGCAAGUGGCUCUUGGGAGCCUCGGUGGCGUGUGAAGAUAGUUUAGGGCUUCAGUCCCGGUUCGGAUACCACAUCCGAGAGAAGGAUCUCCGCAGGAUUCACAGAGUGGCCUGUUCUGGCGAUGUGGUCAAAAUGCAGCAGCUGUUCUUCCUGGGGAAAGUCACCGUAGACUCCCGAGACAAGAUGAACAGGACUCCUUUGCAUUUGGCCUGUGCGAGCGGCCAUCCUCAAGUGGUGAAUCUGCUAAUAGAGAGAAAUUGUACAAUUGAUCCCACGGAUAAAAGAAAUGCAACACCGCUGAUAAAGGCCACACAGUGCCAUGAAGUGGAGUGUGGCUCCAUCUUAUUGAUGCAUGGAGCUGACCCAAACCAUAUGGAUGAUGGAGCUAACACUGCUCUCCACUAUGCUGCAUACAGUGAGAAUUUAGACAUGGCGAAACAACUGCUUAAAUACGGUGCAGAUAUCGAAGCAAAAAAUAAGGAUGGCUACACACCACUUUUAGUUGCAAUGCAUGAGCAGAGAGAAAAAAUGAUAGAAUUUCUUAUAAUGAAUAAAGCAAACGUUCAUGCUGUUGAUAAUAUGAAUAGGACAACGCUCAUGUUUGCAGCACAAUACAGAUCACCUACUAUCCUUGCCACUCUUCUUCAAAAAGGAGUUGAUGUAUUUUGUAAAGAUAAGUAUGGAUUUACAGCAGAAAAGUAUGCUCGACUUAAGAUAAAUACGAAGAAUCGAAUGAUGAUUUUGGAUUAUAUGGAAAAAAUUAAAGAAAAAUUGCUUCCAAAAAAACUUCUAGGGGAAGAGUGUUCAAAAGAUGAUGUGAGCAGGUAG